AGCGUGCUUCUGGUUCCGGGCCGCUCGGAGGAGGAUGGUUCUUCGGCGGCUACUGGCAGCCCUGCUGCACAGCCCGCAGCUGGUGGAGCGUCUGUCCGAGUCGCGGCCCAUCCGACGUGCGGCGCAGCUCACGGCCUUCGCACUGCUGCAGGCCCAGCUGCGCGGCCAGGACGCUGCCCGCCGCCUGCGGGGCUUCGCUGCUGGGCCAGUGGGUUCUCUGGGCCGCCGCGCUGCGCGGUUCAAAGACGCCUUCACCCAGGAGCUACGCCGCGGCCUCCGGGACCGCCCGGGGCCACCACCAGGUAGCCAGAGGGGCCCAGGCGCAAACACUUAAACCCGGGCUGGGCCAGGUCGAGGUCGCCUACUUUCUCUUCUGGGCUCUACACCGGCCUCGGCGUUGAAGGAGUCAUCCCGGGCACUGCGAAUGGCUUGGAAUCCCAGCUCAGAUCGUCGACCUAUAGCCGUCCCACCCAUAAGAGCCUAGGCCAAACCGACAUUCCUUUUGAAGUCCUGUGAUUGUACUGGGGCAUAGUGUGGAGAAAGACCCGCAGACCUAACAGAGAUAAAGAUAGGCUGGGUCUGGACACUGCACGUACAGAGAACCACAGACAGAAUCACAGCCAGAAAGAGAGCCUUUUCUCUGCAAAAGGGACUAAAACUCUUGGUUGAUGCUGCUAUGUCUGCACUGGUAUACCAGGACGCUAAUUUCAGGGAAGAUCAUGGAUGGAAAGACAACCGAGCAGCUGCCAAAAUCCUGAUUAAAUGUGUGAGCUGAUUAA